AUGUUUCGCAGGUCAAUUGUAGCGGUGUGUUUGCUGGUGUGGGGAUGUCAAGGACAGAAUAACAAUAUCCAUAGCCCAAAUCAAUGGAUUGGAACCCUUUUAACUCCGACAAAUAAAGGACCCUCGGAUUGUUACACUGAGAAUCAGGAAGUGGGAAAAUGUGUGAAAUCGUCGGAAUGUAUGGACAGCAUCGAAAUCGACUUUGAAAAGAUGGACGUUUAUAGUGAGUCCAGCUGCCACUACUUGAAGAUAUGCUGUCCAACCAGUCGAUUGAUUACGACAGCAACCGUGACUCCAUCUCCACUGCUGCUAAAGAGGGCAGGAUGUGGAUGGAGCAACCCCGGCGUCUACUCAUUCCGCGACUCUUCAAACACGCACGCCAAGCUCGGAGAGUUUCCUUGGAUGGUUGCUUUGAUGAGGAAAUCCAGUCAGAACCAGGCUUGGGAUCCAAAGGAUUCCCUGGGAGGUGGAAGUCUGAUCCAUAAUUCCGUGGUGAUGACGGUCGCCCAUAAACUCAAUGCUAUCAAUAACGACCCAUCUUUGAUAAAAUGCCGUCUUGGCGAAUUGAAUAGGCAGAAUACGAACGAAAUUUAUCCCCACCAGGACAGAGAUGUCAGGAAAGUCCUUGUUCAUGAACAGUUCUCUUCGAAGUCCCUAGCAUACGACAUUGCCCUAGUAAUUACAUCGUCUCCAUUCGAUCUGAGCUAUCCCCAUGUGGGGAUAGCCUGUUUGAGUAUCAAAGCGCCUAAAACGGACGCUAGUUGUUUUAGCAUGGGGUGGGGUAAAGACUUAAAUAAUGCCAAUAACUAUGCCGUCUCGUUAAAGAAGGUGCCAUUACCAAUAGUUGACCUAGGGACUUGUGAAUUGGCCUUACAAGGUGUGAUUGGAAGUAAGUUCAGCUUGGACAACUCGUUAAUAUGUGCUGGAGGAAGGAAGAACGUUGACAUAUGCAUUGGUGAUGGAGGCUCGUCACUUGCUUGUCGCACUUCGAGCGAUGGCGCCCCACCUCGUUACACAUUGUACGGAAUGGUUUCACAUGGCGUCGAAUGUGGUUUAGAAGUACCCGCCCUAUACGUCAACGUACAGGCGAUGCUUCCAUGGAUCACUGAUAAAUUUUUUGACGAGAAACUUGACCUUACGUUCUUCGCUUAA